GGAUCGGUAAAAAAAAAUACAUAAAUACAGCAUAUACAUUCAUCAUGCAUCAGCUUAUAAGGAAAUUCGUCUUCACCGAGUCGCAUUGUUUGGAGGAGGAGGACAACACGAAAAGUUUCGCGGAGUUGUUUGAGAAGUUGGAUGUGAAUAAAGAUGGAAAAGUGGAUGUUUCCGAGCUCAAGACGGGCCUGGCUGCCAUGGGCUUCUCUAUGGGUAAAGGAGAAGCGCAGAAAAUUGUUACCUCAGGGGAUACCGAUAAGGAUGAAGGGCUGGACUUUGAGGAGUUUUCAAAGUAUCUGAAAGAACAUGAGAAAAAACUCAGGCUGACCUUUAAGAGUCUGGACAAAAAUGAAGAUGGUCGCGUCGAUGCCAAAGAGAUUCAACAGUCACUAAAAGACCUCGGGAUUAACUUGUCAGAUAAAGACGCUGAGAAGAUCCUCCACAGCAUUGAUGUGGAUGGAACCAUGACUCUGGACUGGAAUGAAUGGAGGGAGCAUUUCCUCUUUAACCCUGCAGAAGAUCUUCAGCAGAUCAUACGCUACUGGAAAAAAUCAACUGUGUUGGACAUAGGUGACAGUCUGACUAUACCAGAUGAGUUCACCGAGGAGGAGAAGACCACCGGCAUGUGGUGGAAACAGCUUGCUGCUGGUGGUGUGGCAGGGGCAGUCUCUCGAACAGGCACCGCCCCCCUUGACAGAAUGAAAGUCUUCAUGCAGGUUCAUUCCUCAAAAACCAACAAAAUCAGUCUGGUGAACGGGUUCAAGCAGAUGAUUAAAGAAGGGGGCGUGGCCUCUCUGUGGAGGGGUAACGGAGUCAACGUUAUAAAAAUCGCCCCAGAAACUGCAAUCAAGUUCAUGGCUUAUGAGCAGUAUAAGAAGCUCCUGAGCAAAGACGGAGGAAAAGUCCAGUCCCACGAGAGGUUCAUGGCUGGUUCUCUGGCUGGAGCUACUGCUCAGACAGCCAUCUACCCCAUGGAGGUAAUGAAGACCAGGCUUACUCUGAGGAAGACUGGUCAGUACUCUGGGAUGUUUGACUGUGCCAAAAAGAUCCUGAGGAAGGAAGGAGUGAAAGCCUUUUAUAAAGGCUAUGUGCCCAAUAUUCUGGGAAUUAUUCCUUAUGCUGGAAUAGAUUUAGCGGUGUAUGAGACCUUGAAGAACACCUGGUUGUCUCACUAUGCUAAAGACACUGCUAACCCAGGAGUGCUGGUUCUCCUCGGCUGUGGGACCAUUUCCAGCACAUGCGGACAGUUGGCCAGUUACCCUCUCGCUCUGAUCCGCACACGCAUGCAGGCCAUGGCGUCAAUGGAAGGAUCAGAGCAGGUGUCUAUGUCCAAAUUAGUGAAGAAGAUCAUGCAGAAGGAGGGCUUUUUUGGUCUCUAUCGUGGGAUCCUGCCCAACUUCAUGAAAGUGAUCCCCGCUGUCAGCAUUAGUUAUGUGGUGUAUGAGUAUAUGAGGUCUGGGUUAGGCAUCUCUAAAUGAUGAAUGUCUUGCAUGUUUUUACACGCACAAAUUUCAUUCACUUCUCUUUGAAAACACCCUCCAUGAUGGGACAAAAUGUUUUGUUCACUUACCAAAGUAAAAAAAAAAGAAGCCACGAUGGUGUCUUGCAUUGUGGUCAGGGCCCAACCUAAUUCUUGUUUACACUGAUGUAUAACUGCACCUUUAUAUGUAAUCGAUACAUUUAUGACAUGUUUUACAAUUUGUAUGAUUUUGUCUUGAUAUUCAUGUAAUAUCUGAGCAAACGAUGAAGCCAUUGUGCACUAUAUAAAUGUGUGUAUAUAUAUAAAUGAAUAUAAAUGUUUAGGUGAAUUAGGAUGGGCCACAGUCGAGUCUUUACACUAUGCAGAAAAAUAUAUAUAUCCACAUUUAAAAAAUGAGAAAAACAGAAUCAAUGCAAAUCGGGGAGCCACGCAAUGACAAGAGCUUAGUGUGCCUUAUAUCAUUAGUUCAGUCUUUGUGAGGGUCUCACUAAUUCCUGACCUGGAAAGAUCAAUGUUAUUGAACUUGUGUUGCCUUUUGAUCCCCAUUGUUUUGUUAUUUUAGAAACUCCUGUUUACAUUAAAGGUUGUAUUUUAAUA